AUGGCCCCGGCCGUAGUCACCGGCCUGGCGCACCAAGCCCGCUCAUUGAUCUCGAGCCGACAACUCUCAAGCCUCCCGGACACAGCAGACAUCGCAGCCCGGGCCUUUGACGCCUCUGUCGGACCUCUCGCCGCUCGAUCCCUCCUCCUCGCCCGCGACAGCACCGGCUACAAGGAGGACCCUCACGUCGGCGUCACCGACCCCCAGAACAUCAACAACACGGCCGUCUUUGUCAUCUUCGGCCUGAUCGGGGCCACCUUCGUCAUCGGGGGUAUAUGGUUCUUCUUCUGGGCCAAAAAUGGCGGCUUCUACUUCAAGGAAAACGACUGGGACGACUACAAGUCAACCGUUCUGCGCCGGAGAGGGCCCAACGGAACACUCUUAUCCGGGGCUACGCCUACAACACAGCUGGGUGGCGGAAGUGUGUACAAGGACUACGAUGACAAUACAACCAGCAUCUCAGGAACUACACUGUCGGGCAUCACGGCUGGAGCAAGCGAUAUCGCCGCCCGCGAGAAGCGCGAGAGGAAACGCGAGAAGAGGCGUAAGGAAAAAGAGGCCCGCCACAAGGAGAAGCACUCAGCCAGCAAGAACUAUGACGAGACGGGCGUUUUGAUUGACGAGGAGGCGGAGCGUGAGGCCAAGAAGCACUUGCGAUCUUACCGCCACGAGAAGCCUGCCCGCGUCGGCGGCCUCAAUAAAGAAUCCGAGGCGUCUGAGUGGGACGGCUCAACUAACCCUACCGAGUCGUCCGUCUCCACCAACCUGCUCUCCGCCCGUGAAACCACGCCGACGUCGACGCCGCCCAAGAGUAGGACGGGCGGCAUUCGCAAGGUUUACAGCACGGCGGACCGCAACGAGGAGCGCGAGCGCCAGCGCAUUCGCGCCGAGGCAAAGAAGCUUCAGGAGAAGGGUCGCGCCGCCGGCAGCUCGAGACGUGAUUUCAGCUUCCAACGCGCGAGCACCGUGGCCGAGGACCAAAACACCCGUGGCUACGCCCUGCCCCCGCCCCAGGAAGAGCCGGAACCGAGCAUGCCCGGUAGCUGGGCAGAGAGCGAUAUCACGAGCGCGGUGGAAAGCGAUAUGGGUCACAAGUCGUACCACCACGUCAUCCCCGGCCUGAGCAGCCAAAGCGCUGUUGGUAGUGAGUACGCGGAUGAAAGACGGAAAAGAAGAAAGGAAGGCCGCCGGAACCGCGACCAUUGA